AUGUUUUUUAAUUUAAUUAUUUUAUUUAAUUUUUUAUUAAAUCAAUCGUUUGCCAUUUAUGAUUCAGAUUUUGAUUCAGAUUAUGAAAAUGAAAAAUGUAAUCCAACUUCAGAUAAGAAAUGUUUAGCAUGUAAUGAAGCAUUGAGUAAAUCCAUACAUGAAACUUUUUUAGCUGGUACAAAUUAUUUUGCAAUUACAAGUUGUAGAAAAGGUGUUAAAUUUACACCUCAAGGAUUGGAACUAACUAUUCGAAAAGAAUUUGAUAAUCCUGCAUUAACUUCAAGUUUUUAUAUAAUGUAUGGAAAAGUUGAAGCUCAAAUUAAAGGAUCUUUUGGACCAGGUAUUGUUAGCUCAUUUUAUUUACAAAGUGAUGAUUUAGAUGAAAUUGAUGUUGCUGAGAUUUUAGGUGGUGAUCCAUUUAAUUAUCAAACAAAUUAUUUUAUAAAGGGAAAUGUAACAACAUAUGAUAGAGCAAGAUAUCAUAGACUAAAGAAGAGUCCACUAAACGAGUUUUAUACUUACGGAGUUGAAUGGACACCAAAAUAUAUUACUUGGUAUUUAAAUGGUGAACCAGUUAGACAAUUGAGUAGACAUAAUAAACAAGGUUAUCCUUCAAGUCCAAUGGUUCUAAAAUUAAGUUUAUGGAGUGGAGAAACAACUCAAGAUCAAGGUACAAUUGCAUGGAGUAGAGGUUUAACUGAUUAUAACAAUGGUCCAUUCACAAUGUAUGUGAAAAAUUUAAAAGUUACUGAUUAUUCCGUUGCAAAAUCUUAUAUGUAUGGUUGGUCAUCAAGUGGUGAAUGGUUGAAUUUGAAUGCAAGAGACGGUUAUAUUUAUAACGAUAAUCAAGCAAAUGAACCACCAGUAAAAUUUCCAACGUAUAGACAUGAAGAUUGGACUGUACCACAUGAAAGAUCAAUUGUGUUUCCAACGGCUACAACCACUACAAGCACUGGGACUCAAACAGAAACACCAUUUGACUUUGCAACAACAACAAUAGCCAUAGAUCAACUAAUAAAGAAAACCAAUCCUAAAAAAACUAAAAAUUCCAAAAACGUGUAUGAUUUACCAUUACAAACAGAGUUAGGUAAGGAAGUUUAUGAGUUAGUUCAUGAAUCGUGGGAAACUUCAAUUUUUUCAACAUCAACCGAAAAUUAUUUUCAUAAAACUUUGAAUGUUGUAGCAACUCCAACUAGUCAAAAAUUAAAAUCCAAGGAUUCUUCAUCAUUUGUUCAAUUUCCAGAUAAACAAAAUGAUGAGAAUAAACCAAAAGUUAAAGAAAAGAAAAAGAAAAAUUCUGCUGUUUCAAGUUUUAAUACUGAUUUUAUUUUAUUCAUUUUGUUUACUGAAUUUGUUUUGAUUAUGACAUCAUUUUAA